AUGGUACUUUCUACUAUUGAGGAGGUCGUGGUUGAGGAGGAUAGGAGAGCGAUACUUUUAGAUACAUUUGGAUACUCGAGGUCAAGCUUUGCAGAUGUAAAGCUAGACGCAGUCAAUCUCGGCGAUAUAUCACCACCUUUGCAAUGGUCCGAAGCCGAGGAGAGGGACGUAAGGCGCAAGCUCGACUGGCACACAGUUCCUUUGGCUACAACACUGUAUUUGCUCUGUUUUCUUGAUCGAUCAAAUAUCGGCAAUGCCAGAAUCCAGGGCAUGGCAAAAGAUAUCAACAUCGAAGGGCUUCGCUUUAACUGGGUCUUAUCAAUAUUUUACAUCGUUUACCUGUUGGUGGAGGUACCAAGCAACAUAGUAUUGAAGCGAAUUGGGCCAAGGUAUUACCUACCUUUUCUAGUAGUUGGAUUCGGCUUGGUUUCGCUUUGCACGGCUUUUGUAAGAUCCUACGAAGGGCUUGCUGUAGCUCGCGCGUUUCUAGGUGGGUUCGAAGGCGGAGCGAUGCCCGGAUUAUCCUUCUUCAUGAGCAGCUUCUACAGAAGAGAAGAACUACUGCUUCGCAUCGGGAUUUUGAUUUCAUCAGCUUCCCUAGCCGGAGCAUUUGGAGGGCUCUUAGCCAGCGGUCUUUCUCGAAUUCCUCAGUGGGGCUUUGACGGGAUGCCCAUUCACACAUGGCGCAACAUCUUUUUCUUUGAGGGAUUUAUCACGAUUCUCGUAGGGCUAUUCGCGCCUCUCUGGAUGCCGAUGAAUCCUGCCACUGCGUACUUCCUCACCGAUCGAGAGCGAUCUAUCGCCGUCGAACGCCUACAGCGGGAGCACAAAUCAGAACCUGAGGAACCAGUGAGUCUUGAUCAUGUGAAGCGAGCGGUGAAGUGCAUACACAACUAUAUAUGUGCACUAGGCUUCUUCUUGAUCAACAUUACAGUACAAGGUAUUUCAGUUUUCAUGCCCACUAUUUUGAACGACCUUGGUUGGACAUCUACCAAGGCACAGUUGAUGUCGGUGCCACCCUACAUCGUCGCCUGCGCAUCGGCUAUAACCAUCGCAUACAUCAGCGACAAGACCCACCAGCGUGGAAUUUACCUGGCUAUAUCUUCCCUUGUUGCAGUCAUUGGCUUCGCCAUUCUUCGUUUCGAGACCAGCACCAAUAUUCGAUAUAUGGCGCUCUUUCUAGUAACUGCUGGGGCAUUCCCUGGGGGUCCAGGAUUCCUUAGCUGGGCCAUGAACAGUAGGUACUUUUCAGUUGUAAAAGACUCAGCAGGGCCGUCAGUUCGUGCAGUUACAAGUGCAUACGUUGUUGCAAUCGGUACUUUUGGCGGCAUACUCGCUACUUGGACGUAUACUUUCAGGGACGCGCCAAAGUACUUUGUGGGCCAUACAAUCAACUUGGUCGGACAGAUUCUGACAGUAAUACUUGCCAUUUUUGGCAUCAUCUACUGCCUGUAUGAGAAUAGGGCUAGAGCUGCGGGAAAGCGAGACUACAGAUUAGAUAGUCGGACUGACAAGGAGCAGAUCGAGCUAGGUCAUAAGCAUCCUUCGUUCCGUUACAUGCCCUAA